CAAACAGUGGGCAGGAAAAAGCCACGUUGACGAAGUCGUCAGUAGUGUGCGUUUGUUUUCAGCCAGGAAAAAGGAGGACUGUUAUUUUCAGCUAGACGAAACAACUCUCUGGAAGAAGCGCUUGACUGCAGCCAAUAACAGUCAUGUCUUCGCCUCCAAAAGAGAAAAGCGAGACCAAAGCUGGGCAUCUGCCUGCUGUGAAAGCUGGAGGCAUGCGGAUAGUUCAGAAGCACCAGACUGCAAAUGAUGUGCCAGACAAGAAAGAUGACAAAGACAGUGAAGAAUACGAGACAGAGAGCCCACCAAAGCUGCACGUUGUGGUCUCAGGUGUUGUCACUAAGGGUGAUAAAGACUUCACACCUGCUGCUGCCCAAGUGGCCCAUCAGAAACCAGUGCCCUCGGUGCAGAAGCUGCCUUCAGCCCACCACAUCAAUCAGCACAUCCACCAGCCCCGCAAGUGAGCCACCACUGUGCUCCAGACCAUUUCUGGCACACCACACGGGGCCAGGACCACACCACCCCCCAAAACCUGCUCAGGUUGUCAGGCAUCUCUUGCCGUCAAGCAUUCUGUAAACCCACCCCCUUCCUGUCUGUGCCUGCAAGCGUCCUGUUUCAACCAAUAUUGUGGUAAACAUUCCUUUUCCCCCAUUCCUUUCCUGUACAUCAUUGCAACUCUAAAUUUGAGUGCUCCAUCGCAAAUCACUAAUCAACAUGUUAAUUUCAUGAGGGAUGAGUGGAGCUGUAUUUUAUUUUAAUUUUGUUUUACAUGAAUAUUUCCUGAGAUGUAAAUUGUAUAAAUAAUUUUUUGGAAGUCAGUGAAUGUUGUAUAUUAGGUAGUAGGUACUAGGUGUGGCUAUCUGAAUAAAGAGUUAAUAUUAAAUUAAAUGUUUUUUUCUUGAGUAUAUUUUUGAGAACAAAAAUAAUUAUUGCCAUAAUAUUUGUCAGUACUGAUUGCUGUCCUAUUAAAGGGGUCGUGACAUGCCUAUUUUAAUUGAUUUGAAAUGUUCUUUUCACAAUAAACAGUAAUAUAUUUGUAAAACAUUAUAUUAUUCCAACAUCAUUCUGACCCUCUGUCAGAUUCACUCUGUUUUGGUGCUACUUUAAGACUUGACCGUAAACACCCACAGUUCUGAUUGGCUCUUUGCUCUUGCACUGAAAAAAAAAAUGGAACGCAGCUCCAUUUAUUUUUAGAUGAAAACAUAAUUAUAUUGUGUAAAGUCCAAGUAAAAUUUUUAGUGCCUUCUCAAUUUACUUAAUUAAACUGAGUUAAUCCGACACAAUUCUUUAGUAUUUGGUCUCAACUUAAUUUCAUUGUGUACAAUCUAACUGUGUUUAAUCAAAUUGUGUUGGAACUAUGGGAAAAAAGAUUUGUUGCUUCAAAAUAUAUCUGAAAUAAGACCGGGGAUUUACAUUUCCCAGCAUGCUUUGCAUGAGACUGGAUUGGGAGAGUACAUUUUGAAAUUAAGUGUUAUUUUUAUGCAUUUAUACACAAAAUGAAAGUAGGAGACUUUUUAAUGUUGAAAAUUCUUUUAUUUUGGAAUUUAGAGAAGUUUCUGUCAUGGUGGACAUUUUUUGGAGGUUACUAUUGUGAAGAAGAGUGAAGCUAAUGGUAAGGUCGAGGAUGGGUGAUUUUUAACAUUGCUGAACAAUAUGUUUAUAUUGCUUUUGUCAUGAAGCAAAGACUGAACAAUCAUCAGCAUACAGACAGAUGAAGGAUCAGUAGACCCUCAACAGCACCAUACUUGUCAUAUUGAACAAAAAGAUAUAUAAUAUGCUAAUGUUUAUUGUUGCUAGCCAGAAGCAUGCUGUUAAAUUGAGUGAUCUGGACAGAUCAAUUCAAGUGAAAUUAACUUUAUAUCCUCUGAGGAUUGUUUUUUCGAGCAGGACAAUGCUCCCUGCCCCACAGCCAGGUCAAUCAAAGUGUGGAUGGAGGACAACUGGAUCAAGACCCUGUCAUGGCCAGCCCAAUCUCUAGACCUGAACCCCAUUGAUAACCUCUGGAAUGUGAUUAAGAGGAAGAUGAAUAGCCACAAGCCAUCAAACAAAGCCAAGCUAUUGAAUAUUUGCACCAGGAGUGGCAUAAGGUUACCCAACAGCAAUGUGAAAGACUGGUAGGGAGCAUCCCAAGAUGGAUGAAAGCUGUGAUUGAAAAUCAGAGUUAUUCCACCAAAUAUUACUUAAAAUAAAGCAUUGUGUUGUUUAAAAUUUAAUUUUAACAUGUUUUCUUUGCAUUAUUCGAGGUCUGAGAACACUGGAUCUUUUUUGUUAUUUUGACCAGUUGUCAUUUUCUGCAAAUAAAUGCUCUAAAUGACCAUAUUUUUAUUUGGAAUUUGGAAGAAAUGUUGUCAUUGUUGUUUUGUUAUAGAAUAAAAAAAAAAUAAUCAUUUUACUCAACCAUAUACCUAGAAUUAGUAAAUCCAGAGAAACUGAUAAUUUUGUAGUGGUCUCUUAAUUUUUCCCAGAGAGGGGGAGGGGUAUCUUGCUUCGAGGAUCGGCCUCUGUUCUCAUCGUAGCACCCACCAACAACUGUGAUGAGAUCUGUAGUGUCGACAGCUCCGACUAAAUAUGUGUGUGUGUGUGUGUGUGUGUGUAUAUAUAUAUAUAUAUAUAUUAGGGCUGUCGAUUUAACAUGUUAAUUCAGUGCAAUUCAUUUUAUUAAAAAUGUACACAAUUAAUCACAAUGUCCCCGGACCAUAAUAAGGAAGAUUCCUGAAAAUUGCAAGCUUGUAGUACCACAUGUUUAUUCCAGAGGGCAGUAAGUGAAAUUUCAGCUGUGUGGUAACGUGCAGUUUAUACCGUGAAGAAAACACGUUACGUUCUUGCGUUCAAAACACAUGAUGGAGCGCAAAUUUGAACUAAGGGAUCUCAAGAUGUGUUCUAAGUAUUAAACUAUAUUUAACUUGACACAGUGACCUAAAAAUUGUAUGUUUAUGAUGCAACGCACCCGAGAUGCUACACUAGCAUGUCUGACACAAGUGUAAAUUGAUGGGUCCUUAAACAAGCCC